CGGAUCUUUGUGCUUGUUCCUCCCAAGUACGAGCGGGGUUCAGCCACCAACUACAUCACCAGGAACAAGGCCCGGAAGAAACUGCAGCUGAGCCUCGCAGACUUCAGGCGGCUGUGUAUCCUGAAGGGGGUUUACCCUCAUGAGCCAAAGCACAAGAAAAAAGUAAACAAAGGCUCCACAGCAGCACGGACUUUCUACCUCCUCAAAGACAUCAAAUUUCUUCUCCAUGAGCCCAUCAUUAACAAGUUCCGGGACUAUAAGGUGUUUGUCCGGAAGCUUCGGAAGGCAUAUGGGAAAAGCGAAUGGAACACGGUGGAGCGGCUGAAGGAUAACAAGCCCAGCUACAAACUUGACCACAUUGUUAAGGAGAGGUACCCAACAUUCAUUGAUGCCCUGCGGGAUCUGGAUGAUGUACUUUCCAUGUGUUUCCUCUUUGCCACCUUUCCACGGACAGGCAAAUGCCACGUGCAGACAAUUCAGCUGUGUCGCCGCCUCACUGUGGAGUUCCUCAACUACAUCAUUGCCUCCCGCUGCCUGCGUAAGGUGUUCCUCUCCAUCAAAGGGAUCUAUUACCAAGCAGAGGUGAUGGGGCAGCUCAUUACGUGGAUCACCCCAUAUGCCUUUGCCCAUGAUCACCCAACAGAUGUGGACUACAGGGUCAUGGCAACCUUCACAGAGUUCUACACCACCUUGCUGGGCUUUGUCAAUUUUCGCCUCUACCAGUCUCUCAACCUACACUACCCCCCAAAGAUUGAAGGCCAGGCCGAGGUGGAGCUGAAGCCCAAGGAAGGGGAGGCCUAUGCCCUGAACUCUGAGAGCUACGUGGAGAAACUCUCUGCUCUGAGCGCCAGCCUGGCCCGGGUGGUUGCCCCAAACCCAGAGGAUGAAGUGGAAAUAGAUGAAUUCCCUGUGGAUGGGGAGAGUGCAGAGCAUGAGGAGGCAAGGAGAAAAGAACAGGAGUCCUUGGAGAAGCAAAAGAAGUUGUUUGAGGGGCUGCGGUUCUUCCUAAACAGGGAGGUGCCUCGGGAGCCCCUGGCCUUCAUCAUCCGGUGUUUUGGGGGUGAAGUGUCUUGGGACAAGUCCGUAUGCAUUGGAGCCACCUAUGAUGUGACAGACCCAACCAUCACCCACCAGAUAGUUGACCGGCCCAACCUAGAGAAGCAGGUCAUUAGCAGGUAUUAUCUCCAGCCACAGUGGGUGUUCGAUUCAGUCAAUGCUAAGAUGUGCCUCCCAGUGGCUGACUACUUUCCUGGUGUACUACUGCCCCCACACCUCUCCCCCUUUGUCGCAGAGAAGGAUGGGGACUAUAUCCCACCAGAGAAGCUGAAGCUUCUGGCCUUGCAGAGGGGAGAGAACCCAGAGGAGGAGGAGGAGGAGGAAGAGGAAGAGGAGGAGGGUGGUGAGGAAGAUGAUGAUGGCUCAGAAGAGGAAGAUGACUCUGAAAAGGAAGAGGAGGAGAAACUGAAGCGGAUGGAAGAGCAGAAAACUCAGGGAAAGAAACUCCCUGUGAAGGUGACAGUAGGCACAGUGCGGCUGGAGGACAAGCAGCGACGGGUGCAAGAGGAACAGAACGAGGAGAAACGUCUUGCCAUCAUGAUGAUGAAGAAGAAGGAGAAAUACCUGUACCAGAAAAUAAUGUUUGGCAAGAAACGCAAAGUCCGAGAGGCAAACAAACUCGCUGAAAAGAGGAAAGCUCAUGAUGCCACCUUGAAACUGGAAAAGAAGAAAACCAAGAAGGCACGACGGGAAUGAUGGGGCUGCUGAGCUUCCUUGGGGGCAGAACCAGACAUUCGCAAGACUGGCAUGCCCCCUUAGCCUAUUGAGGCUUGCUUUCUGGACUGUACCUCAUGCUUGCUUGAAGACAGGCUGCACCCCAUGCAGGCCAUCAGUGUCUGUGUGAGGUUGACCCUCGGCUUUGUCUUGGGAGGGGAAAAACUGAGUUAAAGCAUAUUUCUUCCCCUUCUCCCCCGUGCCCCCCAAAUCCUUCUGGGUUACUUUACGGGGGGCUGUGAUACUGUUUUGAAUCUGCUUCCCAAGCUUGGAUGGCAUCAAGCCAAGUGGUGAGGCAGACCCUAGGUGGAGAAUGUCCUCCCUGGAAAGCAUUGGUUGUCUCCUACCUUCUUUUCUCUUUUUCCAUUGUGCAUGGUGAGAGUCCACUGUGAUAUGUCUUGAAAGAGAAAAGGGCUCUCAUUUAAUAAGGGAAGCAGGGGAUUUCUCCCUGACUUCUCAAAUCCAGGGCACAGAAAGGAGAAGCAGGCAGACCCUAGAUGCUGCAGCAGUACAAUUUAAGACAGCCAAAAGGUCACCGUGGAGAAGCUGAGCGGUGUAUUAAAUGAGAGAAGGCAUACACAUCCUGCCACGGGGUUUUUUGUAUACGUAAAAGGCUAAAAACGUGUGAAGGGAGUGAGUUGGCUCAAACCAGGCAUUGGGGCCCUUUCAAUAGGAACUUGUGGCGGGUGCUGUCAGAAGUAGGCAUGUUCCUUUCCUGGUGUGUGUGUUUGUUUUGCUGUCUGGGGAACUCCAGGGCCCUUUGUACAAAGUCCAGGGACCUUUGCCUGGGAAAACUGCCCCUUCACCUCCCUUGCUCGGAGUGAGUCUCCCCCAAAGACUGGGGUACUGUACAUGGCUUAUAUUUUAUUGUACUUAAUUAAAAAAGAAUUUUCCUA